UGUCGAAUGUUCCCGCUCUGUCUAUUCCGUGACUGUACGUCGUUUGUCGACGAUUCUAUUUAUUUUUUCGUAUUCCUCCUAUUAAUUUACAUUUGUCCUGUGAUAGAAUAUUUUAUGUAGAAUUGUACACGCCGUGUACGAUAUAGUAAACGAAGAGGUUUUUAGGAAGAAUAAGAAGUAUAUCGUUAUGGUCUAUUCUAAGAAUUUCUAAAGCCUAGGUUAUACGCGGCCAAUACGUGUGAAUAAUAGCCACUGGUCGCUGCUGCAGCCGUGCCGUCCACGGUUGUGGAUUUGUAUGACGUUUAGGCAGAAUUUUAUCAUCUGAAUUCAUCCUUAUCAUUCGAUGAUUGAGGCACUGUUAUUCUGUGAUUGAGGCUUAUCACUUAUCAAAUUCAUCACGUGCGCUGUGAAAUAAUAACUAACAAGUAAUAACAAAAAGUAUUAUAUUAUUCAAUUAUUUUUCGUUUCACUAUUAAAUUCAAAUUUCUAUUUUCUAUUAACAAUGAGCGAUUGUGAAUCCGAAUCGGUACUGUCCGUUGACUCAUCUACGAAAACUCGGAAAAAAGGAAUCGUGUACUUGUCGUCAAUACCGAAGUACAUGAACGUAACGAAAUUACGUGAGCUGUUAGGUCAAUACGGUGAAAUAGGCAGAGUAUUUCUACAGCCUGCUGCUAAUCCGAAUCUGAAAAAACGACCGGCUAAACAUUUUACUGAGGGUUGGGUAGAAUUCGAACGGAAAAAGGUCGCCAAACAGGCCGCCGAACUACUGAAUGGCAAACGAAUCGAUUCCCGAAAGCGUAGCAAAUAUUUUGAUAGUGUGUGGAAUUUAAAAUACUUGCCUAGAUUCAAAUGGGUUCAUUUAAACGAACGUUUAGCUUAUGAAAAAGCUGUACGCAAACAUCGUCUACGAGCUGAAGUAUCACAAGUAAAAAGGGAAGCAAAUCACUUUUCCUCCAAUAUUGUUCGAAGUGAAAAGAAUAAGAUGUAUCAACAAACAAAUGUCAAUAUUAAUGUCCGGCAAAGGUUACCAGAGGAAGAAUUUUUACAAAACAAAAAUAGUGUACCAGAUAUUGAAUCAAGAACAGAAUUUUUAUCAAAGCUUUUUUAAUUUUCAAUUCAUCAUUAAUACAUGUAAAUAAAUCUAAUUUAACAUUUUAA